AUGUACACCGCCCGCAUUGUUCGGGCCAUCUCCCGAUUGGACGUUCCCACGGCCGCCGACCCCAUCGUGCAGUUCAAGCUGGCUCAGCUUGCAGGACCGGUCUACUCUAGUGGCUCGACCACGUAUAUCCCGUCUGCUUCAUCAGCCGUGCUGAUCCUGUCGAAGUCCGCGGAGAUGGCCAGUACAAUCAUCGACCUCAGCUCUCAGCUAGGGGUCAUGUUCGCGGUUCUACGCGCUCAACCGGACGGUGCGGCUCUUGCCGCUAUGACAGCCCUGCGAUACGCUUUCUCGCUCGUGAAUUCAGGACCGCACGUAAUGAGCACGCACACAUGGGCUGCUACAACCGAGAACAAGACUUAUAUCCGGAUGAUGGGUAUAUACAACAGUGUGUGCUACCCCAAACAUCUUCAAGAGAUCUACACGAACAAUAUGGGAGCGUACAUGUCUGAUACGUUCAAGCGCCUUCAGGACCAACUCGGCAAUGUUAACUCGUUGAUGUUCUGGGAGCUGCAUCGGGAGACGUUUGGCUGGGGGAUCUCAAUGAGGCAGAUCCGCGAUCUUUUUGAGAGCGCUCUUGAAGAGCUGCCGAAGGGCUUCUUCAUGCUACGUGCGAUCCGCACACCGCUCAUUGUCCCAGUUUCGAUGGCAUCGCUGAACAUGGUCGAGCAGUCAACAUCUUCUUUCAUGGAGAGCCUCGUCAACAUACGUAACGGCUACCACGAGUUUGCUAACAACUUGAAGACCGUGAAGAUGUUGUACGAGCUCGAGGAGUUGGAGCCCACUAUCUCCGAUGGCAAGCAUCCAUAUCCCGAGAAUGCUCAAAGCCUUCGAUCCGGGAUCGCAGUGGAGUUCUGCGAUGUAUCGUUCAAGUAUCCCGGCAAGGAGGCGUACGCAGUACGGCACAUAUCGUUCCGCGUCGAGGCAGGACAACUCUGCGUCAUCGUUGGCACGAAUGGGUCGGGUAAAAGCACGCUCAUGAAGCUUUUGACCCGCGUGUACGAUGUCACCGAGGGCAAGAUUCUCAUAGACGGAAAGGACAUCAAGACACUGAAGUUGCAUGAUCUCCAUCGCGCCAUGAGCACGCUGUUCCAAGAUUACACCCAUUUUCAACUCUCGCUUCGUGACAACAUCGCGAUAGGCGAUCCCGAGAACACCGAUGACGACGAGCGCGUCCGAGAAGCUGCCCGCUUGAGCGGUGUCGAUUCAAUCGUCGAGAAGCUCCCGGAGGCUUACGAGACAUAUCUCCAUCGCCCGGUACAAGACAUGUUCAACAAUGUACCCCCAGGUACCAAGAAACUCUUUGGUCGUGAGACCUCGAUACAAGGGGGGAUAGGGAGUGGCAAGUAUGACAAGACCGAUACAUGGCUGUCCGGAGGCCAGAUGCAGAAGCUUGCUGUAGCUCGGACAUUCAUGCGUUCACUACCCGAUGAUCCACGGGUUGGCCUCCUUCUCUUCGACGAACCGAGUGCACAUCUCGACCCCAGGGCAGAAUAUGACCUUUUCGCGCGUCUGCGUACCCUACGCGGCGAGAAAACCAUGUUCUUCUCGACCCAUCGGUUCGGCAAUCUCACCCGCCACGCCGAUCAGAUCAUAUAUAUGCACGACUCCGCGAUAGUUGAGAUCGGCACACAUGAGCAACUGCUGAAACGAGGAGGCCAGUACGCGGAGUUGUGGAAGCUGCAGGCCGAGGCAUUCUUGUAG